AUGGAAGACUAUGUUCAGCUUAAUGAGGAGUAUAAGAUACUCAUGUGCCGACACUGUUGUAUCAGCAUCCGGCCAGGAAUAAGCAUUGAGCGACAUUUUCGACAAGAGUACCAACUCAAGGGCCCCGUGUUGCGCGAGAUCAUUGACUACUUUCAAAGCAUGGAGCUGAACGAUCCAGUGCAUGCUACGCUACCCGAAGAUGGUUUGGCACCGGUGGCACUGCUCAAGGUCCGUCACGGGUUUAGCUGCACGCAGUGUAGGUAUCUGACGGUUGCGCGCGAUAACAUUACCCGGCAUGGGCGAGAGGCCCGUGACAAGCAUGGGCAAAGCGCGCGUGGCGGGUGCAGCGGAGCCGUAGAACGAAGGGGGAACAGGCAGUACAUAGAUGUGCAGCUACAGUCGUGGCAACAGGGCGGACGCGCGCGGUACUGGAUUAUCAACGACGGCAAUGCUAACGCAGAGGGGUCAACAUUUACACAGGAGGCAGCGGCCAACCCGGGCCGUGGCGAGAGUGCUAUGCAGCGUAUGAUUGCCAAGUACGUCGAAACAUUCAGCAAAGACGACGCCGGGCGGCUCCGGAAAGGCGACAUCGAAGAAGGGUUGGAUCGCGACUCGCCGUGGGUGAAGCGGCUCCGAUGGGUACGGCACUUUGGGUCGCGGGACAAGCUCAGCAUAUUCAAGGCCGCCGAUCAUUAUCCAAUCUAG